GAGAGUGGAAGAAAUCAGGGGAGAAGGGGGGGGUCUAACGAGAAGAGAAUGUUCUUUGCUCUGGCUAUUGAAGUGGGUGCCGGGCACAUUUUUUGUGGCCUCCACGCCAACUCCUGAGAAAGGGAGGGGAAGAGAGGACAAGGAGAGAAAGUGAGUGAUGGAGGGAGGUUGAGUGAUUAUGUGUCAAAAGACGGGAUGUUAAGGUAGACUGCUACUUAAAAAGCUCUGGCACUGUGUCCAAAAAGUCCACGGGUUCAGGACUCAACUCCAUAGCCGAGUCGCCCAAGAGCAGCUUCAACAAAAAGAGAGGGGGAAACCGAAAACAAUUCAGAGAGUAAAUAAACACAGAGCGUGUUUGCAGCAUGUUUCCUGUAUUGAGCCGUCCAGAGCACAGAGUGGGUAAAGAAUAGGAAGCAAUCGCCCUGUCCCAUCUGUCCUGGCUGUGCUGCACUUAAAACCACAGUAGCUUUUUUUGGCAGACGGCAUUGCGAGCAUAAUGUCAUAAAAGAGCUCUCCCAGGACUGACGCAUCAGCCACGGAAGAAGUGAAGGGAAAGGAAGGCGCGGAAAAAGAAAAAAAGGCAUAAGUUGAACUCGGAGAACAAGAAAACCUGCUGGAAAAAAGAAAUAAUCCAAGGGAAAGACUUCUGAGGAGAGAGCUUCUCACCUGACCUGUUUCCACUGGAGUACGCUAUUCUUUUUUUUUUCCAGACAUUCUGUCCAUAACCUUCAUCCACCUUUCCUGGCAUGGGCUGGCUGCUGGCUCUGGGGUCGCUGGCAGUAGCGGUGGCAGUGGCGAUUGGCUCAGAGAGGAAGAAGCACCAGGUGCAGCAUGGCCCCUGCAGCUACACUUUCAUCCUGCCAGAGGUGGAGCAGUGCCAGGCCCGGGACUUUCAGGUGACCAACUCCCUGCAGAGGGAUUCGCCCCUGCCCCCAGAGACAGCCCAUGCUGAGCCCACCUGGCAGGAGAGAAAGCUGGAGAGCCUGGAGAACGCCACUGAGAACAACACACAGUGGCUGCAGAAGCUGGAGAGUUACAUCCAGAAGAAUGUGCGCUCGGAGAUGGUGGAGAUGCAGAGGAAUGCCAUUCAUACGCAGACGGCCACCAUGCUCGAGAUAGGAACCAAUCUCCUCAGCCAGUCAGCAGAGCACACACGCAAGCUGACAGAUGUGGAGACUCAGGUUCUCAACCAAACAAGUCGUCUGGAGAUCCAGCUGUUGGAGUACUCUCUCUCUACCAACCGCCUGGAGAAGCAGCUCCUGCAGCAGACCCAGGAGGUCUCCCGCCUCAAUGACAAAAACAGCUACCUGGAGCAGCGCUUCGCAGCUAUGGAGGCCAGACACAGCCAGGAGCUGCAGGUCAUCCAGCAGGAGAAGCAGCAGCUGCAGGAGCUGCUGGACAGACAGAGCCGCCUGGUCACCCUGCUCGAGGGACAGCUGGCCAGCUCCACCCGCAACAGCACUUUGCUCCAGCGCCAGCAAGCUACUCUCUCAGACACAGUACAGCGGCUACUGGCCCUGGUCACUCACUGCAAUGCAGAUAUUACCAGUCCCUCCAAAGAGAAGAUGGAAAUCUUCAGAGAUUGCGCUGAGAUAUACAGGUCUGGGAUUACAGAGAAUGGAAUAUACAGCAUUCAUCUCGCUAACAACACACAGACAGUUAAGGUGUUCUGUGAUAUGAAGACCAGAGGAGGAGGCUGGACUGUUCUUCAGCAUCGCUUUGAUGGCUCAGUGGACUUCCACCGUAGUUGGAAAGAGUACAAAAUGGGAUUCGGAGACCCCUCAGGAGAACACUGGCUAGGAAAUGAUGUCAUCCACCUGCUCACCACAUCCCAAGACUACACGCUGCAGGUCCAGCUCAAAGAUAUGGAGGGAAACCAGGCCUACUCUCAGUAUGACCGCUUCCACAUCGAGGGAGAGGAAAAGAAGUACAGUGUCCAUGCUCAAGGUUUCAGUGGUACAGCUGGACGCAUCAGCAGCCUGACCCACUCUGGCACCAUGUUCAGCACUAAGGACCAGGACAAUGACCGCUGCAGCUGCAAGUGUGCCCAGAUGGCCUCAGGGGGAUGGUGGUUUGAAGCCUGUGGACCAUCCAAUUUGAACGGGAUCUACUAUGCUGGAAUCUCCAACGUAAUGCGUUACAAUGGCAUCAAAUGGUAUUACUGGAAAGGGCCAAGCUUGAUGGCAACCAUGACGACAUUGAUGGUCCUCAAUGUGCAAUUAUGGCAAAUCAUUACCACUAUUGUGAGACUCUCAUUGUACUACUUUACUUAAAAGAUGGCGAACCGAAGGGUACA